GCUUACUUGAUUAUAUUGUCUCAUUCAGUAUGUACUCACUUAUCUGCUCACGCCUGUUGUCCCAUCGUGAACGAGCAUAUGUCGUUCACCAGCAUUCUCCAUCCAACUCUGUAGUAGACAAUACUUACCCCAGUGAUUGCCUUGUCUUCUUUAUCUUUGACUUGUCUCUCUAGUUUACUAUAUUCUCCCGCUAGUUUAUUCGUUGUGUCAUAUAGUUGUUUCACGUUUCCUUCUGUUGCAGCUUUUUCCCAUGUCGUUGCUAGUUCUUCCACGUAUUUCUGCUUUUCGGUUCUAAUGCUCUUCUUCACUUGCUUGUUUGCUUCUGUGUAUUCAGCUUGUGCCUUGGCUUUCUCCAUUCUUGUUCGGCUGUUGUUAAUUGUUGUCUUCUUGUUCUUCCUCUCUUGAAUCUCGUCUAGUGUUUCGAUAGAAAUCCAUUCCUUAUGAUGAUGUUUGUUGCGACCCAGCAGCUCCUGACAUAUUGGAGUUAAUGCUUCAUUGAUCCCUUUUCCAAUUAUCCUCCAUUCUGCCAGUCAGUUCAUGCCUUCCCGUAUUAUCUUCAUACACGGUGUUGUUCAUUCCCAUCAGGAUGAUCAGGUCUUUUCCUAAGCACUUCUUCACGAUCGAUGACACCCUCUCAUAAAAUUGAUCUCCAUCAUCAUCUUCGCUAUUAUUGGUGGGUGCAUAACACUGGAUAAAAUUCAUUGUGCUUCCCUCCCUGUUUGCUUAGUAGGAUGCUUUGAUGAUCCUGGGUCGAUGGGAUUCUCAUCCUAUAAGUGUUUUACGCGCAUCUUUAAACAGCAUCGGAGAAGUUUCUUCUUCGUGACAAGAGUGCAGCAGCAUCUCUCCCGAAUCUAAUGCCCAGCUUGGGUGCAAUGUGUUUCACUUAUUCAGUGAACCGCCAAGUUGUAUCUCUUCAUUCCCGUUACUAUUUGACUGAACCACCCGUUGUUCCACAUUGCCUGUGCGUUCUGUGUACCUGUUGCUCUGUUUGCUAGGAGAGAUAUCCGCUCCGUGAAUUUCGAAAAAUCUCGGCUGUCAUCAUGAGGCGUCAUGAUUCUUCCUUCAACUCGGGGGUCAGAGUUUAAAUGGUUUAAAUUAUACAAAUAUGUACACAGUUUGUGAAAUUUUCUUAUUUCACACCACUUCAAUUCAGUAUCAGCCUGUUUAUAUGAGUGUUUUCCAUGUUACUAGAGUAUAAUAACUUACAACAUUUGUCUAUUAAUAUUAUAAGAUAUUUUAAUGAAUUAUAGAAACGGAUAGAAAUUCAUUGACCUUAACUAUUCUCUUUACCAGACAUCAUUCAUUUCACAGUCGCCAUAUUCAUCAAAGUAAUCAAGAAAUUCCAGUUCUUAAUAUGAAAUCAUUCAAUAAGAGAACUAGACAGUCAGGUGAUUCAUAACUCAUUAUAUAAAGCAUAAAACAUAACAAUCUGAAUUCACACAUCAUUGAUACUACUUAUUAAAAUCAUUGAUACAUGUCUGAUACUCUUCAUUUUAACUUCUUGUUAUGGUUGUGUUUUAUCAAACUUAUAUACUCGAACCACCAUUCAACAAUUGGGAUCAUAAAUGUUAAUGAAACUGAUCAAACAUUUUCACAAGUAAUCAUAAUCAUAAUUCAGAUCAAUAAUCUGUGUAAUUAGACAGAUCAUUAUUAUUACACAGAAUUAAUACGAUUCAAUCAAUCAUCUCCAGUCAUAUUUGAUCAUAUGAAUAAACCGAUUAAUUUAUCUAGACCAAGGGUAAUGUAUAAUCUAAUCAAUAUUUUUCAGCCAUUUAUGCCUCUAUUCCCAUUUAUAUAUUUUGGUGAACAAUUUCGUUUGGUUACAAUAUUUUCACAGGCGUUUUUUUAACUCGCUAAAAAUCGCUAACUGUCAAUACAAAUGUCAAGACAGUUCUACUGUACGGGGCGGAAACCUGGAGAACUACGAAAAUCAUCAUCCAGAACAUACAGGUGUUUAUUAACAGUUGUCUACACAAAAUACUUUGGAUACGUUGACCAGACACUAUCAGCAACAACCUACUAUUGAAGAGAACAAACCAUAUUCCAGUGGAGGAAGAAAUGAGGAAGAAGCUGUGGAAGUGGAUAGGACACACAUUGCCGAAUGUACCAAAAUGCGUCACAAGACAAGCCCUCACAUGGAAUGCUGAAGGCGAAAGUAGAGGAGGAAAACCAAAGAACACAUUACGCCGAGAAAUGGAGACAUAUACGAGAAGGAUGAAUAAGAAUUGGAUGGAAUUAGAAGAGAAGGUCGAGGACAGAGUGGGUUGGAGAAUGCUGUUCGUCGGCUUAUCCUCCAUUAAGAGUAACAGGCGUAAGUAAGUAAGUAAGUGUUCAGCUAUGCUGUAAACUACGAGACGAUCUAUUUCACAUAUACACAUUUUAUUAAUUGAAACACAUCAAAUUAUAUUCACAGUUGAAUGACAUCAGCGUCAAAUGUUUAAAGGUAACUUUUGUAAAACUAUUACUGGUUAAGAAUAAUUUUUAUCAACAUUUUAUCAAAUAAGGUGUUUUGGGCAUUGGACCUGGAACUGAGAAACCAGAUUCAGGAAAUAUAAUCCAUGCUUUUGAUGGAGAAGACGAAUACGUUGAAGUACAAAUGAAUUCUCAGCAGUGAAAUGGCUUCGUUUGAAUACUCAAUAUUCUAAUAAAUAUCAAAUCAAAGAUCAUGUUCAGAUUGUCUGUGUUAUUUAUUCUAAUGGAAAUAUAUCGAUUUAUUAUGAAAAGAUACCCAAUGAGAUUGAAACGAAUUCAUCUGUUAAGUUGAUCUAUGAACCACCUAAUGAAGAUGAUCAUUACAGGAAAAAAGAAAUACUUUCCACAUAUCUGGUGAAAUCUGGGAUGUUGGUUGAGUUUACUCCUAUUUCAAAUUGUAGUGAAUACAAAUUUUGUGAAGACUGUACUAAAGAUUAUACAUCUGGAAGAAAGUGCCAUUGGUGUCCGAAAUUCAACACGUGCAGACACCUUCGUGAUAUCGAUAUCCAAACCAUGCUUGGAAAAGAUUGUGCUAUCCAACAAAUAGGAAUUUGUUCAUAUUCAACUAACGGAAUGAUCGAACAUGUUCCAACAGAAGAAUCAACCGUUAAACAUAAUAUAGAAUCUACAAACCUUAUAACAUUGACUUCAAAUAAGACUACAAUGGAAUCAAUCACUACUGAAAAUAUAUCACCUACACAACUGUUAAUGAACACCGAUGAGUUAAGCAAAAUCAACGAAUCUUCCGUAAACGAUCAUCAAACCACUCUCCCACAGGUCACUAUAUAUCAAUCAUCUAGCAGACCGAUUCAAAUUACUACUCAUAUGAUCAUAAAAGUUACUGAAGACAAUCCAAUCACAUCCAAACAGCUUCUAUUCUCUCGUGAUAUAUUACAGAUAUAUUCAAUCACAUUUAUUAAUGAAGUCACUCGUCGUUUAUACAUUCGUCUUCUAAUGCCAUUCAUAAUCGUGACCAUUGUUCCAAGUAUUGUAUUUUUAGUUUGGCUAUUCAGAAAACGACACUAGAAUGAUAUAAAAAAAACUAAACUUUAUAUCAUAUAACUAAAGUGUCUCAACAUGCUGAAACUAAACAAAUUGACUAACUGAAGAAAUACAUAUGAAAUGCUCAUUUACGUUUCUUUCAUCUUUUUGUUUUACAACAUUCAAUUCACUAGUGAUUUCAUCAUUCACUUUAUGAUUUGUCAAUUGUCAAUAAUUGUAUGAGUUAAAUUUGGGACAGAGUUUGAAUGUUGCUUGGAAAAUAUGUACACUAAACAUUUCUAUAGACAGUUCAUUGAUACGUAUUUGAACAUUCAAAAAAUGGUCGAAUUGGAAUAUGACUUUCAUUACAAAUAUAAAUAUAUAUUGA